AUGUUUGCUAAUUCAAUGCGAUCGACAUUGACCUAUAUUAUUCUUUUUCAAGACUGUUUUCAGACUUUACCUAUUCGUCAAAUGACUGUCGAACACUUAGUUAUUUUAUGGGAUCAAUGGGAUGAACAUGGUUUAUAUUCUGAUCAAAUAAAUAGAUGGAUCAAUCUUGCACCUGAAAUAAAACAACUCUCUCGUGAUAUCUGGAAUUUAGUUGGUCAAACAGUACAAAGAGAUUUUCCAAUUGAAACAUUAAUCAAUGAACAAUAUCAAGAAAUGCAAGAGAAACGUCUCAUUCAAACAAAGAUUCUUACAUGUUUAGAUACGUAUUGUGAUGAUGCUGUGGAUAAACAAUUUUAUUUGGAUCUUCUUCUAGCGAUGCAACAAAAAUUUGACCAUGAUACUGUGCGAUUAGUGGAAGUACCAUGUGAGAUAAUGACACUUUUACCUUCCGUUGAUCGUCUAACUCCACUUUCAACAUCACGCUCUUGGCUAAUCGUUCUAUCCGAAUCUCAAGAAUCAUCGACACGUGAGUUUAUCAAAUAUUAA